AUGGAGAAUCUCGAUCCCAUGGGGACAGUAUUCGCCAUGGACGACAUUGUGAUCGAAAUAGCCAUACGUAUCCCUCCCUCCGACCCAGCGCUCCUCGUCCGCGCCGCCCUGGUCUCCAAAAACUGGCAGCGCCUCCUCACGAGCCCCGGCUUUUUCUUAGCCUACGCCGAACGCUACCGCAGGCCGCCGUUCCUGGGGUACUUUCACAGCAGCCCAAGCCCAGUGAGUGGUCGUCAGAUGGAUCGCUUCGUUCCUGCUGCCGCCGCCUUCCCAACCUUCUCGCCGGACAUCGGCACGGACAACUGGUACGCUCUCGACGUCCGCCAGGGUCGCGUGCUUCUGCUCCGCACCACUCCCGAUCUCAUAGUUUGGAAACCGUUGAGCGGUGAACACUUUCUCCUACCUCAGCCCCCGCGCUCGUAUCAGUACCAAGCCGGGGCGGUAAUGUGUGCUAACAACCCGCAGUGCAGGGAUCCAGAUUGCUACGCUGUUCAUGAUUUUCGUGUGAUUUUUGUGGGCUGUGAUGAUGAACUUGUGACCUUCGACAAGAGGAAAUUAUUUGAAUUUAAUGAAACCUGGGCGUGCAUCUACAGCCAGGAGACAGAUGAAUGGGGUGAGAUAUAUCUACUGAAGGAUGAUCGUUAUACUGAGCACCCGCUGUUAGAGCACAAUCCUCCUGUGCUCCAUAGAGAUGCUCUCUACUUCACUCUUGAGAUGCAUGAGCUGCAGGGAGAGGAGGUGCGAGCAGCCCUGAAGUUUGAUCUUACUGUCCAGAAACUAUCUGUGGUGUUUGCCCCUGAAGGUGCAUAUGCAGAUUUUGGAAUGUUUUUUGGAACUUCGGAAGGUUUUGCAUUUGCUGGAAUUGCAGAAGAAGAUGAGAAUGAUCAGGACUGAACAGAACACCAUAUCUAUAUGGAGCCUCACUGAUAGUGACCCUGCUGUGUGGAGUUUCAAUAGAGAUAUUAACUUGGAGGUCACACUUCAGCCCGGUGCAGUCCAGACAACAUAUAUUCCCACACCGGUUGGUUAUGUUGAUGGCAAAGCAACAAUCUGUAUUGAUUCGGGAGGAAGAAUUUUUUCAAUUGAAGUUGGUUCCUUGGAGUCUAAAGAUAUUGGACCAAGCGUUCGAUCUCUAUCUGUUCUCCCAUUCGUGCACUUCUACACGCCUUCAUUGCCUAAGCCAAACGACAAUGGAGAUAGUGGAUCAAGUAAGGCUGAAAUGGCUUCCAAAGAAUUCGGCGAAACAGGUGCGCUGCCCAUUUUUGAAUCUUUCAGGGAUAUCUUGGUUGUGUUCAUUUAGCCAAAAUAAUAAAAAUAAAAAAACUGCCUUUGGCCUUUUCCUUUUAGGAUUUAUACUUGUGCUGGUCAUAUAUUUAUUUAUGAGAGGUUUGAUUCCUGCAAUACUAUGCCCAAAA